AUGUAUGUGAAUGUGGGUGAGACAGGUGCAAAUGUGAAGCUGGAAGGAGCAGAAGAAAUGAGGACAGUGGCACUGUCUAAAAGACAGGAGGCUGAGCUGGAGGUGGCAGAGCUGAAGAUGCUGGGAUUUUCGUUGGGAGUGACAAACUCCAAAUAUAACAAUACCAGCUAUGUCAACAACAACCACAGCUCCAAAUAUAACAAUACCAGCUCUGUCAACAACAACCAUAGCUCCAAACACAACACUCACAGCUGUGCCAACAGCAACCUUAGUUCAAAAUACAACAACCACAGCUGGACCAACAACAACCAUAGCUCCAAAUACACCUGUUGUUGGUGCAUCUUUACCAACAACCACAGGUACUCCAACAACCACCACAGGUGCACCAACAACAGAAACAACUUUACCAACAACUACAAUUAUCGAAGCUACUCAAACAGUAACCACACCUGCACCAACAACAUCCACAGGUACUCCAACAACCACCACAGGUGCACCAACAAAUCCUGUUGUUGGUGCAUCUUUACCAACAUCCACAGGUACUCCAACAACAACCACAGGUGCACCAACAACAGAAACAUCUUUACCAACAACUACAAUUAUCGAAGCUACUCAAACAGUAACCACACCUGCACCAACAACAUCCACAGGUACUCCAACAACCACCACAGGUGCACCAACAAAUCCUGUUGUUGGUGCAUCUUUACCAACAUCCACAGGUACUCCAACAACAACCACAGGUGCACCAACAACAGAAACAUCUUUACCAACAACUACAAUUAUCGAAGCUACUCAAACAGUAACCACACCUGCACCAACAACAUCCACAGGUACUCCAACAACCACCACAGGUGCACCAACAAAUCCUGUUGUUGGUGCAUCUUUACCAACAUCCACAGGUACUCCAACAACAACCACAGGUGCACCAACAACAGAAACAUCUUUACCAACAACUACAAUUAUCGAAGCUACUCAAACAGUAACCACACCUGCACCAACAACAUCCACAGGUACUCCAACAACCACCACAGGUGCACCAACAAAUCCUGUUGUUGGUGCAUCUUUACCAACAUCCACAGGUACUCCAACAACAACCACAGGUGCACCAACAACAGAAACAUCUUUACCAACAACUACAAUUAUCGAAGCUACUCAAACAGUAACCACACCUGCACCAACAACAUCCACAGGUACUCCAACAACCACCACAGGUGCACCAACAAAUCCUGUUGUUGGUGCAUCUUUACCAACAUCCACAGGUACUCCAACAACAACCACAGGUGCACCAACAACAGAAACAUCUUUACCAACAACUACAAUUAUCGAAGCUACUCAAACAGUAACCACACCUGCACCAACAACAGCUGCACCAAUGACAAGCAUACUAGUUCAAACAAUAACCACAGAUGUGCCAACUGCAACCACAGUUGCAAUAACAACAACCAUGCAUGAACAAGGAACAAUUGAACUAACAACCACCACUACCACAAAUACAACAGCUUUACUAACAACAAUCAAAGCUGCAAAUACAGCAAUCACAACACCAACAUUAACCAUAGCUACAAAUACAACAAUAUCAGCAGUACCAACAACAAUCAUAGCUCCAAAUGCAACAAUCACAGCACCAACAUCAACCACAGCUGCAUCAAUGACAUCUGCACCAACAACAACCAUGGCUGGAAAUGCUACGACCAUGGGUGCGCCAACCACGAUGUCUGCACCAACAACAACCAUGGCUGGAAAUGCUACGACCAUGGGUGCGCCAACCACGAUGUCUGCACCAACAACAACCAUGGCUGGAAAUGCUACGACCAUGGGUGCGCCAACCACGAUGUCUGCACCAACAACAACCAUGGCUGGAAAUGCUACGACCAUGGCUGCAUCAACAACAAACACAUCUUCACCAACGACAACCACAUGUGCAAAUAGUUCAAUGAGAACAGGUCCAAUUUUUGUCAUUGCAGCAAUUGUAUUUGAACCAUUUGUAGAACAGCUCACUGAUAAAAACAGCAAAGAGUUUAAGGACCUUGAGGAAAAAGUUAAAGCAGCUUAUGAUGCAAUCUACUGGGCUAGGUUUGGCAACCUCUUCAACCAUAGUUUUGUCAUUGCAUUUAGAGUUUCUAGAACCAUAAUACAAAUGAAUGCCACUGAAGCAGAGGUGGGGUUAAAGUUCAGAAAAACAGCCCCUACUGAAAAAGUCCCAAAGAGUGAAGAUGUUCAAGAAACCUUAGUAGAGGCUAUAAAUCGUAACACCACCUUCAAUGUCACGUUUAUACUUGAGUCUAUCCAUAUAAUACGUACGCCUGUGACAGAUUCAACAACUGUAACCUGCACAGAACACUCGACAGCAGCAAUUACAGCUAAUCUAACUCUUCCAGCAACAUUCACAGUUCAUCCAUCCCCCCACACGACUGACCCUUUUCCAGUACCAACAUCAACAACAAAGACAAGCACAGUGACAAAUGCUACAACUACAGAUACCCCAACACCACCUCACACGUCCAGGCCAACAUGUUGUCCACCUUCCAGGGUUUGCAUAUGUAGACUGAUUUCUGUUUCAUGUGGCAAAACAUUAAGGUCUUCCUUAUUCAAGCAGCAAGACUUAACAACAAGAGUAGUCUCCUUCACAUCUGCUAAAGAGCCUUUUACAAGUGAUUUUCUGAACUCGUCAUCUGUAGAUUUCGCUAAUCAGUCUUUACUGAUAAAAGAACAGCUUAAACCUUUCUUUGAGAAAAGGUUUUCUUAUGCCUUCAGCUCCCUGGAGGUGGCUACAAUAAG